AUGGUUGCGGGAACGGUUUCGGCGCUUCUGCUUGGGCUGAGUCUGGCCGGUGGUUCUCUGGCCACUGGUAAUAUCACCGAGGACUCUUACUUUUACGGAGAAUCCCCUCCUGUGUAUCCGUCUCCUCAAGGGACAGGUGCCGGAGAAUGGGCAGGAGCGUAUGCCAAAGCCAAAGCCUUUGUCGCCCAGCUCACGGACGACGAAAAGGUCAACCUGACUGCUGGCACAUGGUCACAGAACGGUUGUUCCGGGACGAUCACUGCCAUUUCGCGCCUGGGAUUCCCAGGUCUCUGCGUUAAUGACGCCGAGAAUGGCCUGAGAGGCACAGAUUAUGUCAAUGGAUGGGCGAGUGGCGUGCAUACUGCUGCAACUUGGAACCGCUCGCUAGCACACGGACGGGGCGUUCACAUGGGCCGCGAGUUCUAUACCAAGGGUGUCAAUGUCAUUCUGGGCCCCGUGGUCGGUCCUUUGGGGCGCAUGGUCCGUGAUGGACGCAACUGGGAAGGGUUUGCGGCGGAUCCAUACCUGACCGGGCAGAUGGUGUACGAGACGGUUGACGGAUUGCAAUCGUCGGGCGUUGCAACUUCUCUCAAACACAUGAUCGGGUACGAACAAGAAACCAACCGGAGCCCCGAAACAAACUCGGAAGGCCAGGAGGUCCAGUCGGUGUCGUCCAACAUUGACGAUGAAACAAUGCACAUGCUGUAUCUGUGGCCGUUUGCUGAUGCAGUGCGUGCGGGCACGGCGAGCGUCAUGUGCUCAUACAAUCGCAUCAACAACUCGUACGCCAGCCAGAACAGCAAGGUUCUCAACGGCCUGCUCAAGACAGAGCUGGGCUUCCAGGGCUAUGUCAUGACCGACUGGGGCGCCCAGCACACGGGCAUCGCCUCGGCCAAUGCUGGUCUCGACAUGGCCAUGCCGCAGUCCUCCUUCUGGGGAAAGAACCUGACCACCGCCAUCGCCAACGGUAGUAUGGAGGCCUCCCGCUUGGAUGACAUGGCCAUCAGAAUCAUGGCGACCUGGUAUCUCGUUGGCCAGGACGAAGGAUUUCCGACCCCCGGCAUCGGCAUGGCAGAGGAUCUCUAUGCGCCACACCAGCGGGUGAUUGCCACCAAGCCAGACGAGAAGAGCACCCUGUUAGCGGCUGCGAUCGAGGGUCAAGUUCUGGUGAAGAACGUGAACAACGCGCUGCCGCUCAAGUCGCCGCACAUGCUCUCCAUCUUUGGCUACGAUGCGCGUACACCCGAAACAAUGGACAUCCCCAGCGAAUCGACUGCAGCGGACAACCCGCUCAUCAUCAACCGCACUCUCACCGUGGGUGGCGGCUCGGGCACCAACUCGCCUGCAUACAUCGACUCCCCUCUGUCGGCCAUCCAGCGACAGGCGUACGAGGACGGCACCUCGGUGCUGUGGGACACGGUAUCGAAGAGUCCCGAGAUCGACCCGACUAGCGAUGCGUGCCUGGUGUUCAUCAACGCCUACGCGGGUGAAGGGUACGACCGACGCGGGCUGUACGACGACUACAGCGACGAGCUGGUAGCCAACGUGGCCGACCAGUGCGCCAAUACCAUCGUGGUCGUACACAACGCGGGUAUCCGCCUAGUGGACCCGUGGAUCGACCACGAGAACGUGACGGCCGUCAUCAUCGCCCAUCUGCCGGGCCAGGAUUCCGGCCGCGCUCUCGUCGACGUGCUCUACGGCCGGGCUAACCCGUCGGGCAAGCUGCCCUACACGAUCGCCCACAACGAGACCGACUACGGUAACCUGCUCAACCCGGCCUUGCCGGAGGGCAUCUUCUGGCUCUUCCCACAGGCCAACUUCACCGAGGGCCAGCUCAUCGACUACCGCGCCUUUGACGCCUACAACAUCACCCCGCGCUUCGAGUUCGGCUACGGCCUCUCCUACACCACCUUCGAUUACUCCUCGCUCACCAUCAAGCAGUCUUCCUCAUCCAAUUCCUCGACCAGCAGCUACCCGCCAGCCGCGACCACCGAGCCCGGCGGCAACCCGCACCUGUGGGACGAGCUGCUCACCGUGAGCGCCGUGGUGAGCAACACGGGCGACGUGGGCGGCGCAGAGGUCGCCCAGCUGUACCUGGGUAUCCCUAACGCUCCUGUGCGCCAGCUCCGUGGCUUUGAGAAGUUUUACCUUGCCGCGGGCGAGAGUGUGGAAAUCGACUUCCACGUCACGCGGCGCGACCUGAGUAUCUGGGAUGUGUACGCCCAGGACUGGUUGUUGCAGGAGGGCCCGUUUGUGGUUUCCGUGGGGCGCUCGAGUCGCGAUCUGCCUCUGCAGGGAACCUUUACUUUCUAG